AUGAAUGUAAUAGGGAAUAUUCACCAAGUGGCAUCUGGAGUUGCUUGUGUUCAAAUAGAUGUAAUGAGUUCUCGAAAUGACGUUGAAGGAAAUGUGAUGGAUAAAGGGGCAAUGCUCGUAGCAAGAUUCAGAGCUCUUCUACAGAAUGUGGCUGGUCCAAUGAACAAAGUGAAGAAUAUGUUGCUAGUGUUGGAUGAGAAAAUGACAAAAUUUGUUGAUAUAAUGAGAAGACACUAUCGAGUUAUAGCCAGUUUAUCGAAUCAAUGUAGGAACAUGUUGCAGACACCGUAUACGAAAUGCCUCAAUAUUUUCGAUGAUGCUUAUCUUUUCUGUAAGGACAAAGCUCGGUUCUUCGGAAGUCAUGGAGAUGCAUGUGAUAUGAUACAGAAGACUGCGAAGAUUUGUCACCAAGCGAAAGGAUUCUCAACAGAAGUGUGUUCCCUGCCUGCGGUUAUUGGAAAAGGAGUUAAAGGGGCAGCUGUUCCAUUCUAUUCUGCAUAUUUUCAAGCGAUUGAAUUCGCUGUCAAAAAGAUUUUCUAUGUUCAUAUUGAAGCUGCUAAAUGGGCAUUGAAGAAAGUGAAUCCGGUGAUUGAGGAGAUCAAGAAAGCGAAAAAUAUUCGAGCAGAGUAUCAAUCAGCAGAUGAUGGUAAGCCGAAUGCAGCAGAUGAUACGACGGCGAAUUUGAGAGCAAGUGUCAAGAAAAGUUUGAUGAAUAUUGUGAAUGUAUACAUCCGAAUUAUCAAUGUCAUUUCUUUUAUUCUUCGUUAUUGUGUCAUGCCUUGUUUCCUCAUUUGGCCAUUUGUUUAUACCCUUCGUUUCAUGUACAACUACAGUUACAAUGAUGAGUUCAAAAACCGAUUUCUCACCAAAGAAUUCUACAAAAUCGACCAAGAUUGUGCAUUUCGUGGAGCUCGUAAAGUGAUGCCAUUGACCCCAGAGGAAGCAAAAAUAUAUGUCAGCCGUGGGAGAUGGAAAAUGACAGAACAAGAGAAGCCACGCUUUCGAUUAGACAUUUUCAUCACAAUUAUCACUUGCGUUACUCCAUUUUUCAUGUGUUUGCUGGAUUAUGGAACUUUUACGACGCUCUCGACUGUGCACACUUUGAUGAAUCGAACUAAUAUCGACACACCUGCACAUUACGAGUUGAAAGUGGCUGGAAAUAGUUCGAUGUCUGAAGUUAUGAACGAGUUUCUUGACGUUUUUUCCCCAUUCACACAAAGUAUUCGAGAAAGAGAAACUCGGUGGAGACGUUGUUUCAAGGAACCCAAUCCACCAAAUUAUGCUGAGAAUACGUUGAUGUUCUUGAUGUUUAUCGCUGCUCUGUUCCUUUGUCGAGUUAAAGCAUAUUUUGGAAGACAAACACUCGCAUUGGCUGACCAUUUCUAUCCAAACCGUGUCAGAAUCCGUGCACUCAGCUUGUACAAUAAGAUUUUGCAAAGUCGACGGAAUUUGUUGACUGAAAUGUUGGGGAAUAAUAAGAAAGACUUCAUGGGCGGCGAAGAUGCAAUUAUUCGGAGAUCAAUGCAAAGUCGUGGUUAUUUGAGUUCUGAUUGCACAAAAUGUGACAAAUACGAUAUGAAAAUUACUGAUCAAGAAAAUGUUCGUGUAUGUGUGCAUUGUAGUGCUUUUUACUGCAUUAAUUGCUUCUGUUUGAAUGUUUUCUGUGUAAAAUGCGAUGAAGAAAUGCAGAAUGUCAAUGGAAUUGAGUUGUACUACGAAGAUGAUCAUGAAAUUAUGGAUGAUUCCGACACUUUGUCAAGUGAUAACGACGAAAACGAGCCAGAAAAAGCAUCAUCUGACGAAACGAACACCGCCGUUGUUUGA